AUGCCUGGUAGAAGUACCACAGAUGCCAUAUUCGCACUUAGAAUGGUGACGGAAAAGUACAGGGAAGGGCAAAAACAGUUGAGUUGUGUCUUUAUAGACCUGGAGAAGGCUGAUGACCGAGUACCGAGGGAAGAGUUGUGGCACUGCAUGAGGGACAUGCACAUACAUAUGUACAAGGAAUGCAUGACCACAGUAAGAUGCGCAGUCAGUACGACGGAAGGUUUCAAAGUGGAGGUUGGACUACAUCAAGGGUUGGCCUUGAGACCUUUCUUGUUCGCCAUAAUCAUGGACACACUGUCCACGGUGCUCCUUUUCUUAGGCCCUCCGUCAAUGUUAUUUGCUGACGACAUCUUACUGUGUACUGAGGAUAAUGAAGAAGCCGAACAAGAGCUAGAAAGAUGGAGGCAUGCCCUAGAGAGACGAGGGGUGAAGGUCAGCCGAAGUAAAACGAAAUAUAUGUUUGUCAAUGAAAGAGAUGGUGAUGGACGUGUUAGUAUGGAAAACAUCGAAAUCAAGAAAGUCCAAGAAUUUAAAUAUCUGGGGUCAACAAUGGCCAGAGAUGGAGACAUUCACACAGAAGUUAGCAAGAGACUGCAGUCAGGUUGGAAAGGGUAG